AUGGGUGUGUUUGACUUUGUGAAGAAGCAGAAGGCGGGGAGCUCCGCGCCGAGGGCCGCAGCAGCGGAGCCGGUGGCAGCAGCAGCAGCAGCAGCGCCGCCAGCAGCAGCAGCAGCAGCGCCGCCAGCAGCAGCAGCAGCAGCGCCGCCAGCAGCAGCAGCAGCAGCAGCAGCAGCAGCAGCAACAAAGGGGGCCUACCUGGUCUUCGACACUGCCAGCAACGGCACUCUCUUCAUAGUUUGGAGUGUAUCUCCAGUUGAAGGCGCCAUGGCUUUCUUCGAACCCAAAAAGCCAGUGCCAGAUUUCAAGUACAAAGACAAGGGCGGAAAGUCCGAAAUCUUCCGAAACCUCUCGCAAGACAAGAAGAACUACUACGAGGGUUUUUGUCAGUUUUUCAAAACUGCUGCUGAACACAAAGGGCUUUGCCGUUUGCUGCAGGGCCUGGAAGCAGCGCCAAUAAAGGUGGAAGUGGCUUUUCUGGAGAGCAGCAGCAACAAAGUCAUUUUCCUCGAUGCUGCUGCUGCUGUCAGUGCUGCUGCUGCUGCUGCUGUUGCAUGCACCCCCAAGGGCGACUCUUCCCUCCACGUGCAGACCCUCGCCAAGGACGUCUUCGUCCGAAACGCCAGGAGGGGCGGCGCUGCGCUCAUCUUCUAG